AUGAGGCUCUCUUGGAGACUGCCUUUGGCUGUGGUGGAUGGAAAUUCAACCGGUGCAGCUUUUACCAACUUUGGGGAACCCCUUCAGAAAAGCUGCGAUCAUGUUAUCUCUGAAACAAAGCCAAGAGAUGUGUCUCAUCAUUUUGAACCGGUGGAAAACCAGUUGGUUCCUCCAGCAGAAGGAACGGCAGCCCCCAGCCUUCUUAAAGAGUCUCCUGAGACAGAGUCAAUGCAUAAGCAAUCCGGAAGCCCUGUAACGAACUACAAGGACUAUGUCAGAGAUGAAACGCCGUUUGGUUACCCUGCCGCAGCCUCUGAACCACCACAUAGCAAAGAAUCCCCAGUGCCCGGCGUGAAUCUUUCGGUGGAAGCAGGCCCCUCUGGUGAAAAGCACGAGGAGAGAUGCACAGAGCAGUUGCAACAUCAUUCUGUUGACCAUGAGGAAUGGGAAGUUGUUCCUGAGCAUUCAGCGUGGGGUGGCACCAGCGCCAGAAAGAGCAGCGUGGAUGAUGCCAGCUGCAAGGACUUAGACCAAGCCAAGAGGGUUGCAGCGGUGUCUCCAAUGCCUCAGACUGUCCAUGUGCUUUUCCGUGUUCAUUACAUCACCCACUCAGAGGCCCAGCUGAUUGCCAUCACAGGCGACCACGAGUGUCUAGGCCAGUGGCAGCAUUAUGUACCACUUAGAUGUGACAAGUACGGCUUCUGGUCGGACUCUGUCAUCUUACCGGUUGAUACCAGAGUGGAGUGGAAGUUCAUAGUAGUAGAGAAUGGGAAAGUGAGGCGCUGGGAAGAAUGUGACAAUCGAGUCCUAACAACUGACCAUCAGGAUCGGGUGGCCCAUAAGUGGUGGGGAUAUCAUUGAACAAGGAGCGCUGGUCAAGCACAGAUGUUCCAGUUCUAUUCCAUUUCUUCAUAGGAGUCUCUCUCUUUUUUUGCCCAUCUUAGCCUAUUUCUAUGCUGCAUAUUUGGCCAGAACUGCCUUAGAUUCAAAGUCUCUCUCUUCUGCUAGUGUAGGCUUUUAAGGCAGUGGUUCUUAACCUUUGUUACUCGGAUGCUUUUGAAUUGCAACUCCCAGAAACCCCAGUCAGGACAG